UCACCAACAGGUCGUUCACCAAUAAAUCAUUCAUCAUCAAGUCAUUCACCAACAAAUCAUUCACCAACAAAUCAUUCACCUACAAAUCAUUUACCAUUAAAUCAUUCAUCAUCAAAUCAUUCAAUUCAUCAAAAGAAAUUUAUUUCUUAUGAUGAUGUUGUCAUACCUACUAUCGCGAAGAAACUCAAAAUGAACGGACAAUUACCUUACGUAAAUCAUGAUGCAUUACUUGGUUAUAGUGAUGAACCAGAAGAUUUAACUCCAACGUCAGAAAAUGGUUAUAUGGAUAUAACGGAUCAAGUUGUCAACCUAUUUGAUGGUCCUCAAAUUAAAUCACACAAGAGACAGUCAUCAGGUCCAGAUUCACAACAUCGUCGUCAAAGAAAAAAUUCAUCUUCAGGGCAUUCACGUAAUGCAAGCAAAACACAUUACAUCGCUCCUCGCAAACAACCUCCUCAACAGACUCAGUCUCAUGAAGAUGUUCCAAGUCCUACGAACUCACAGUUUGAGAACUCUUUUGAUCAUCAUGCUCCCCAUGAUAAUCAAAUUAGAAGUAAACGGGGAAGGUCCCGACGGGAGGAAUACAUAAUUAGUGUUCGGGAAGAUGACGAUAUAGAUCUAUUUAUUGAACCCCCUCCUUCAAUGCCUUUGGUUUUGUCAGAACCAUCCAUAGUUCCGACCGUUCAAGUUGAAAUUAAUGAUCAAAUAUAUCAAGAAAAAGUUGAAGAAGAGCCCUCACCUGUACAGAUACCCGUUCAGAUACCUGUCCAGACACCUGUUCAAAUACCUGUUCAGACGUCUGUUCAGAUACCUGUUAUGCAAGAAAUUGAAUAUAAAACUAUCUCUACAGAAGUAGAUUCUGUUCCCACCGUCACAAGUGGAAAGAAAAAGACAGGCAGGAAGAAACAAAAGAAGAGCGACGGUGGCAAUUUGGAUGACGAUGAUUACGUUCGAAAGUCCAAAUGUCGUUGCGCAAUUAUGUAAUUUUUUCUUUUGGUUGGACAUUAUGAUUUGUUUUUCCUUUAUUUUUUUAUUUUUUUUUUUUUU